UAUGCCCAAUUGUUGUGACUCGGGGAAGGCGGGGUCACACGACAGGCGCUCACUGCGCAUGUGCACAGCAUGGCUCUGAGUACCAGCUGACUGACAGUCUUUUUUUUGUUGGUUCUGUGUGUGUCUUCCCAGGUCGGGGACACGGGCAGGAAGGAGACAUGAAGGCGCCCAUCGUUCUCCUGUCAUGGAUAGCCACAGUCACCCAGGUGCUUUGUGAAUAUGGCAUGGUUCAUGUUACAUCAGAUAAAAGUGCAGGCAGUGCCAAAGAUUACUGUAUUCUUUUCAACUCAGACUGGGCCCACCUGCCUCAUGACCUUACCAAAGCUGCCUUGCUCCAUCUUCAAGAUCAGACCACAUCUGUGCUGUGUUCUCCUGCUGAUGUUCCCGAAGGUGGAUUCAGUAACAGUAUUCCAAUGGUAAUGAGAGGAAAUUGUACUUUCUAUGAAAAGGUACGACUGGCACAGAUCAAUGGUGCUCGAGGAUUGCUGAUCGUCAGUCGGGAGAGGCUGGUCCCUCCUGGAGGUAACCAUAGCCAGUAUGAGGAAAUUGACAUUCCCGUGGCACUACUUAGCUAUACAGAUAUGCUAGAUAUCAGCAAGACAUUUGGUCAUUCUGUAAAAGUGGCAAUGUAUGCACCAAAUGAGCCAGUUGUAGACUACAAUAUGGUCAUCAUCUUUAUAAUGGCUGUAGGAACUGUGGCUACUGGUGGCUACUGGGCUGGAAGUAGAGAUGUUAAGAGGAGCUAUAUGAAACAUAAACGGGACGAUGGGGCAGAUAAGAAACAUGAUGAUGAAACUGUUGAUGUCACUCCUAUCAUGAUCUGUGUGUUUGUCAUUAUGUGCUGCUCUAUGUUGGUCCUUCUGUUCAACUUCUAUGACCAUUUAGUUUAUAUAAUCAUUGGAAUAUUCUGCUUGGCUGCGUCAAUUGGAUUAUACAGCUGCCUUUCUCCAUUUGUUCGCAUAAUUCCAUAUGGGAAGUGCAGAGUCCCAGAAAAUAAUAUGCCCUACUUCCAUAAUCGCCCACAUGUAUGGAAACUCCUUCUAUCUUGCUUCUGUAUUGCUGUCAGUGUGAUAUGGGGAGUGUAUAGGAAUGAAGACCAAUGGGCUUGGAUACUACAGGAUAUUCUUGGCAUAGCUUUCUGUCUCUAUAUGUUGAAGGCAAUUCGCUUGCCCACAUUUAAGAGUUGCACGUUACUUUUGUCAGUUCUCUUUGUGUAUGAUGUCUUCUUUGUGUUCAUCACACCAUAUUUUACAAAGAGUGGUGAGAGUAUCAUGGUUGAAGUUGCAGCUGGGCCAUCAGAUUCAUAUACUCAGGAAAAGCUUCCAAUGGUCCUGAAAGUGCCAAGAUUAAACGCCUCACCACUGGCUCUCUGUGACAGGCCAUUCUCUCUUCUUGGCUUUGGAGACAUAUUGGUGCCAGGUCUCUUGGUGGCUUAUUGUCAUAGAUUUGACAUAUUGAUUCAGUCUUCAAGGAUCUACUUUCUGGCUUGCACUAUUGCCUAUGGGAUAGGUCUCCUUGUGACUUUUGUGGCCCUAGCUCUUAUGAAAAGAGGACAACCUGCUCUCCUCUAUCUAGUCCCCUGUACACUCCUCACGAGUCUGGCAGUGGCCCUUUGGCGAAAGGAGCUUUCCUUAUUCUGGACUGGCAGCGGCUUUGUGAAAGACCUACCAAAUCCUAACCCCACUCUCGCUCCCAAUGGGUCUGAUGCCUAUUUGAGCCAGCACACUGAUACUGAAGAAGAACCUGUCACAAAUAAAGAGCGUGACCCUGCUGAAGAACCACAGCAAGAAGACACUGUUGAAGCCCCUGUGGAUGAAAAGCUGUGCCUGACUACAGACAGGACUGUGGAAAAGGCUGAAGAAGAAGAUAAGCUGAGCUCUGGGUCUGCAAGAACAACAAAAAACCAGCAGACCCCCAAUGUAGACAGUAGCAUCUCUGAUAGCUCCGUAAAAGCUGUAAAUCAAAAAGUUGAAUGAACAACACCAAAUGUCACUGCUCCACACCUUUUACCUAGGCACAGGCUGGACCACAUAAAAAACACUCACUCCAAAGGUGGCUUCAAGCGCAGACAGGACCAGGUCACUCUUAAAAAGUUUCUAAAGAAAGAAAACUGCAUAGAAUGUAACAAAUAUAUCUCAUAUUGACUUCAUUUGCACACAUUUACCCUUGUAACAACCUUAUUUGGAAUCAUAUAAAUGUAUGGAUAGCUUUAUCCAAUAUACAAUUUUAGACACCUAGCCCAGUUUUAAAGGGGUUGUUCCACCUCACCAAACUGCUUUUUCUGGCCUCUUCCAGCCUGUGUGCAGCCUUCGGAGGUGGUCAGGAAAGCUGAAAACAGUCAAAGGGGAAGUUACUCAAUUUAUGUAACAUAAAGAGCGUAGCUCACAAGUUAUGCCGUUUGUGUAACUCCCAUUAAAGUCAAAGGCAAAUUGAAGAACUUUUCCACUUCAGCUGCUUUCUACUUUCCUAACCACCUCUGGAGGCACACACAGGCUGGAGGUGGACGGAAAAAGCAAUUAGAAGCUUAGCACCAAAAAGAGUCCAGUAUGAAGAUCUAACAACUAAUCAAGUAGCUUUUUGCAUAAAAAAAAUAAACCUUUUUGGUAAUGAAAGAAAAGAGAAAAAAAACUUUUUUUUUUU